CAAUAGACCAUUGGUACGUAGCGGUUCUGGACUGUACCAGAAAGGUGUGUGUCCUUGACUCAAUGGACACGACUGAAGAUGACUUGAAAGAACUUAAGUUUCUGAUGAAAGGCAUCCGCAAAUGUGUCCGACUUGUCCUCGAUGAUAAAAUAGUAGAGAACCCUCUGUGGGACGAUUACAAUGUUCAAGCUUGGAAAAUCAGGAUUAGAUAUAACUUGAAUAACAAAAAAGACAGGACAUCCAGUGGGCUUUACUCAAUCAAGUUCAUGGAGUUAUGGACAGGAGAUUCGCUAAGCAAACAAUUUUAUCAGGAAGACAUAGACAGCUACAGGAGAAAACUUGCAGCAAUCUUGUACAUGUCUCCGUCAAACAAGCUUCGAAACAAUAUCUGUUCUACCUCAAACGGACAUGGUACUGAUGGAGGAACUAGGGCGGCAGAUGUAUGAUUGAAUAAGAGUUCUUUACGGUUUUGAUAAUUUCAGCUCAAUGAAGACAUAUUGAACAUGUCAGAAAUUCAUGGUGACUAAUAAUAACUGAGGCAUUGUGUUCGAUUAAUUAUUGUCAU